CGAAAAUACAAAAUUUUACCUAUAAAUAAGGAGAGUCGUCUUGUAGUUUGGAAUUUUCUCCACCAACUACAACUACAACUCUGCAAGCCUCUCCCUCUCAUCUUCCCUAACCUACCAAAAUCCGGUAGUAAUAUGCUACACCACGGAGCCGCCGCCAUGGAGGCCGCCGGGGUACCAGCCGCUGACGUGGCCGGUGGAAGGAAGAGAGAGAGACCAUACAAAGGGAUAAGGAUGAGAAAAUGGGGAAAAUGGGUGGCCGAGAUUCGAGAGCCCAACAAACGUUCAAGGCUAUGGCUCGGCUCUUACUCUACUCCUGAGGCGGCGGCACGUGCAUACGACACGGCGGUUUUCUACCUGAGAGGACCUUCCGCUACGCUCAAUUUUCCGGACCUUUUGCCGAGCAUAGAGAAAUCCGCGGCCGAGGAUAUGUCGGCGGCGGCGAUUAGGAGGAAGGCCACGGAGGUCGGAGCUCAGGUGGAUGCGUUUGGGAUGGCGGUGAUGAACAGCAAACGCCGCCGCGUUUUUAGUCAAAAAGGUGACUAUGUUGGCGGGUUAUUGGAGCAGGUUGACUUGAACAAGCUACCUGACCCGGAAAACCAGGAUAACGAUUUGGUGGGAAAAAAGACUAUUUGAGAAAAUUAUAUUUGAAAGAAGUCUUACGACGGUGGGUGUUGCUAUCGUACGCGGUGAGCCGGGGGGCAAUGUUUCGUCGUUACCAUUAAAAUUUCAUCCCCAAGUGAAAUUCUGUAUAUUAUUUCUUGAUAUAGUGAUUGAUAUGACUUUUCUGGUAUUACGUAUCGAUUGUUUGAUAAACACUAAAGUACCAAUUCAACGAAUGUAUUAUAAUCUAUUUAUGUCACAAUCACAUAACGCUAUUAAAAAGUUAUUUAGUUCAUC